AUGCUCGCAAUCCGUCCACCAUCCAAACAAUCCUCCUCCAAACCCUCCAAAAAAUACACACCCAACCUCAUUCCCUGCCGCAUAAACCACACUGCACCCACCAAGAUCGAAAAAAGAUACUGGGAACCAAAGCUCACUAAAAAUUCAAAGGGGAAAGAAGAAUUAGUGGCAUAUUUCAGAGGUAGAAGAUUAAUUGGUAGAAAGGUUAAGGUUCCAGAAGGAUGGAGGGGUGUUGUUUUGAAGGUGGGAGAGGAAAUUAUGUCACGGGAAGUUAAUGUGGAAGAUGAGAGGAUGGGGGAUGGGGAUGAGGAUGAGGAUGAGGAGGGAGAUAAGGGGGAGGAAAAAGAUGUGGAAACGAAGAUGGUUGAGGAGGAGGGUUUUUUUGAUGAUUUGACGGUUUGGGGUCAUGAGUGCUUGGUUGAUGCGGCUGGGGAUAUGGUGGUUAGAGGUAUUGAAGAGUGGAUGGGCUGGGCGGGUGCGUUUUAG